AUGACUGGCGAUGUACGAAGCAGGAUAUGUGCUCAGCUCUGGGCUUCAGCUAGCCCUCUAUACAAAGCCACACGAGCAAGUCCGCUCACUCUACAGUGCAUUCUAUCUCCAGCAGCUUCUGUGUCUCGUCCAGUGAUACCAACAACUCGCAUUAAGACCAAUUUUAAUUUCCCCGGUCUGAAUCAUACAAACAACACCUCAUCUCAUCGACUCUUCUCAACGGCCGCUUCGUCUUUUCGUUCGCAACCGGCUAAAUCAGUUCCUGGAGUUGCUACCGCCGUAGCUCACACACAUCUCCUUCGACAGCGUCCUUCUACAAGCCAUACAGUUGGCACGACCUGGAAUCUGAUAUUGAAAAAUGGCGUUCGCAGCAAGGCAAAAGUCCGCAGCGAUGCGGUUGGGAGACGAAACAAGAGCUCGGCCACAAAAAGUGGUGAGACUGGAGAGAAACAUGCUACUCAACCUCGCGAAUCCUCACAUAACUCGCAAUCGAAGGAGAGCACAGCCACUGAACAUUCUUCCGGUACUUCGUCCCAACAAAAUAAACAUAUUUUAGAACGUCUACCCCAAGUGUCAAAUAUCCAUCGGCCUUCGAAAGAAGAGCUUCUCGCAGCAGCAACGGGGUUCUGGUCUCGAUUAAAGGUUCGAUUUAAAUGGUUCUCCAUCCGCAGUGUGCGGCCCUUUAAUAUGGACGAUAUCAGUGCAUUUUUCUCCUGGGUUUUGGUGGGGCAUAUGAUUUGGAUUAUUGUUGGGACCACAACAUUCUUCUCUCUCGUGAUAUUCUUAGUCAACACUGUAUUUGCACAAGAGACUCUUACAAGGUGGAUCGGUAAUUAUCUUACUAAAUCAUCUGGCGUGAAGGUUGUCUUCGAAUCUGCCAUCGUGCCUAAGUGGGGGGAUGGUGUGAUUUCGCUCAAAAAUGUCUUCGUUUCGAAAAGACCUGGUUUAGGAAAGUCCAAAGUAACAAAGGGUUCGUCCGCAAGCGCUGCCGCAGCGGCAGCCGCUGAAAGGGCGAAAGAAUAUGAAACCCAGGAAGAAGCCGCAUCUACUGGACUUGAAGAGGACGAGGAUGAUAACUAUACUCAGUUUGACUUGUCAAUUGAAAAUGUCAACGUCACCUUAUCCUUUACCAAGUGGUUCAACGGAAAAGGACUGCUACGCAACGUGGAGGUGAAAGGCGUUCGCGGCGUGGUGGACCGUAGGUCGGUCUAUUGGUCAGACGAGGAUGUCGAUCCGAGAAGCUAUAGACACGAACAUCUGCCUGGCGAUUUUGAACUCGAAUCUUUCAAAAUGGAGGAUCUCCUCGUCACAGUUUACCAACCAGGCGAUUUCCGUCCAUUCUCCGUCAGCAUUUACUCCUGUGAUCUUCCGCAGCUGAGAAAGCAAUGGCUAUUCUACGACUUUCUAUCGGCAAAUAUGAUGUCAGGGUCGUUUGAUGACUCUUUAUUCACCAUCCAUCCACGCCAAACGCACGGCCAAACAGGGGCCCAGCUCAAAGAGGGUCUGGAAGCUACUGGAGCGCCAAAUCCUUGGAAGAAGCAUAGUCGAUUACGAAUUGAUGGUUUGAACAUUGAUCAUUUGAAUCGCGGUAUUGAGGGUCCAUUUUCAUGGAUUCGCGAGGGCAAUGUUGAUAUUGUUGCCGACAUCAUGCUCCCAGCCGAUACUGACGAAAGUAUCGCGAAAGUUAUGUCCGAUUUCUACGAUCGAAUGGAAGCCACCGUCACAAGCAAUCGAUAUAUUUCGGACUACACAGGGAUCAGAAACACUAAGUCCUCCGAGGAAAAGGACUCGGAAGAAGCGCCUUCGCCAACCACUCAGAAGGCGGAUGACGAGAAGAGAUUCCUUGUCAUGGACCUUAGAGUCCAUCUGAAUGACAUUCGAGCGGGCGUUCCUUUGUUUACCAGAGAUCUCUCAUACAUCAACAAUGCUCUUAUUCGACCAAUUGUCGCAUACAUGAAUUCAAGACGCACAUUCAUCCCAAUCAACUGUCGGGUAGUAAAGAGGGCCAGCGAGUUCGAUGGAAGCUGGACGAUUUACGACAGCGGUUUAAUGGACGAUUUGUCUGCUGAGACAUAUGAAGCAUUUGCUCGGGAUGUUGUCGAUCAAGAAGCUCGCAUGCGUCGUUUCAAAAAGGUAGGACUAUGGUCUCUUCAAUUAGCUGCGCAGGCUCUUUUCAUAGGCAUGGCAGGUAAUAUUGCCUAA